ACAACAUGGUAGCAACAUAACAUAGUAGCAGCACAAAACAUGGUACAAACAUUAUUUGGCACAGUCAACAGCACAAAUGUCAAGAAGGUAGAGACAACAAUACAGCACACAACAGCCAAGGUGCACAUAAAACUGCACAGAGCUAGGGGGACCCAGUGAGAGGCAUGACGUUCCAGUCAUAAGGUUUGUGCCUGGCUGGACCACGACGUGCCGAAUAGCACGUCCCAUUUCUUGCCUGACGACUCAUCCUGAAUUUAAUUCCGCUGCUAUAUCGAAUGCUUCCCGGAGAAGAAACGUUAGUGGGUGUUGCGUUUGCCCGGAGCGAUGUGGAUGGGCAGCUAGGCAAUCUAAUUUCGGCCAUGAGAUAAAACACACAACUUCCUUUUUCAGUUUUUUUUUUAUACCCUAACAGAGUUGUGUGGCCACUUUGUUAUUGUUUCAACAAGGACUCUAGCUUUGAGAGUAUAUUCUAGAUACCUGUAAAUAAUUUACAUCUGAAUCAAAUUAACAUAGGCCCAUGCCCUCUAUUUAUAGCCUUACGUUAUAUUAUGCAUAUUAUAAUACUGUUAUAAGGGGCUAUUUUAGAUUAUAUUGUAUAUGACAUUUUACUAUAGAUUACAGAAAUGUUAGGGUUAGUCUUAAUUAUAGAUAUUGAAUGAAAUAGUCAGCAACAUAGUGGACACCAUCCUGUAAAUCACGAAUAGUGACAAGCAGCAAAUCCAGUUCUAGAAAUUGUUACAUUUUCUUAGAUAACAUGGAGAUUAGCAACAACCUGUCAACUGCAAUUUGUUUUCUCACGCCCCCUCCUAUUUCUCUCUUCGUUUCCCCUACGUCACUUCUGAGCGCCCUGUUGUAGCGGAGUUGUCAUGGCAACGACGUUCUAUCUCCGCUCCAAACACUUCGUGGGCCAAGCACAUCUUUGACUUUGUUUGGGGUCGUCUGCCGAUACCUGCCAAACUGUAAUAAAUAUUUGAUGACUAUUCUAUGUUACUGCCUAUUAAGUUGAAUGUCAAACCCCCAGGGAGCAAAUGCUUGCAUGGUAUUGCUAAGGAAAAUGUCGAACUCGACCCACUUUAAUGAUUUCACCCUGAAAGGCUCAUCUUAGAAUGGACAAAUUCAAGGAAUGGGAUCAGGCGCCUGUAGAAGUGGCUGAAGACAGAAGUGUGGCAGUGGAGUACACAGGAUGGGACCAGAGCUGCCAACUACCCAACAGGGGCCAUGUCGAUGCCCUUUUGGAUAUCAGCGAUGAUACCUCAUCCAAAGAGCAGGAGCCAUUUGAGUUUCUCUGUCUCUCCGGAUGGGAGGAAGCUAUCCGGGGCUGGGGUAGAACUACUCCACUUGGCUGCCUGGUUCAGACCCAGAGGAGAGGAAAGAGGGUCAAGACUGGAGACACAGACCACCACUGCCACCUGUGUGUGGACCUCGUGAAGCUCUCGGACCCCCCUGACUCUGAAUCCAGUUUAACCCACUCCCCUGAGUCCUUCUGGGACUCCACCCUGGACCCAUGGGUGAAAACCUCCCCCACAAGCCUGGGAGACUUCCUGAACAGACCCUACAGUCACACCUCUAGCAUCUCUUCAGAGGAGUCCCCACCAGAGUCCUUCAGGGACCUUCAGAAAGCCACACAGCAACUGACACUCCGAGACAAGAUGAUGGAGGACAAGGGUGAGAUGUGUGAGAUCAGUGACUCACUGCUGGGCUCGGCCCCCUCGCAGGGUCACCACCACUCAGCCUCAGAGUGUCCCAUGACGCUGAUCAUCAACAGCUUCGCCGUCCUACCGCCCGUGAAGGCCUCCCAGCCCAGACACCCUAAGGUCACCAGCCAGCUCCGGAGGGUGGAGGCUGGACCGGGACGCAGCGCCUCAGACGGGGAGACCGCAGAGGCUGGGUCAGACGGUGUCACGCCUGCCUGGGGGAGCGGAGGAGGUGUGGAGAGCCAGCAGAGCCACCACCUGCUGUCUGCAUUCAGCAUCCCUGUCCCCAAGAGAUGUGACAUGCCCCUCAGCACACUGUCAGAUCCUCUACCCCGCGCCACCUACCCCCUGGACAGACACCUCAGACAGGAUCCCCGGACCAGCAGUGCUCAUAGACUCUACUUUGGACUGAAGACCAAGAUCCUGAAGCGUGCAGAGCCCCAACUGCCCAUUCUGUUUGGAACCAGGGUGCCCAUCCCAGCCUCUGCACAGAGACUACUCUGAACAGAGACUGUUACUUCGCACUCCAUACUCUCUCCCAACCCAAAAGCUCAGCCUCUGUGGGUUUGUGAUUAAAAAGAAACUUUGUGAAAUUUCUUCAUAUUUUUUGUAUGACACUGAUGACUGUAUUAAAAAAAAAAGCUGUGACGAAUUCAACUUGGUCGUAUUAAACUACAUGGAAUUAA